AUGAAGCUGCUUGCAAUGACUGUGCUUCUCCUUACCAUCUGUAGCCUUGAAGGGGCUUUGGUUCGGAGACAGGCUGAGGAGCCAACUCUGCAGAGCCUUUUCUCUCAGUACCUCCAGACUGUGACGGACUAUGGCAAGGACCUGGUGGAGAAGGCCAAGGGCCCAGAGCUUCAAGCCCAGGCCAAGGCUUACUUUGAAAAGACACAGGAACAGCUGACACCCCUGGUCAAGAAGGCUGGAACUGAUCUGAUUAACUUCUUGAGCAAUUUCAUGGACCUCAAAAAAACACAGCCUGCUGAGCAGUGAGGAGAAAGUACCAUUUCUUCCAACCCCAGGGACCAGGCCUAGUGUCCC